AUGGCGGCCUUUGGAAAAUUACAAGCUGCUCUGGCAGCCGCUACAAACGAGGUUACUGUUGCAGCAGCCAAUAUCAAUUUCGACUUUACACUUGUCAAAUACGAGGCUCCAAAGGAGUUUCGCCCUAUCGAAGGGUACCUCACAACAACCAGGAAGCAAGAUGCAGAAACCGGAAAUUCGCACGUCGUAGCUCGCCGGCUAGGUGCACUCUUUAGUGGAAUUUGCCCGGACUCGCCUAACCUCAUCCGCGCGUAUGGUGCCAGGGUCUCGGAAAUCUCAAAGACAGCAACCCAGAAAGAAUCCCAGGAAUACUCCAAGUCCAUUUUUGCUUCCUACGUCGGGGUUGAUGCGACUUCUAUCUGGGCUGCUGCUACAUCGUCGACAACAGCUAUUCACGUCCACCUGCUGGCUUGCAUGCUAGCAGAGCUUUGGGAUGCAUCUGAGGCCACUUCAAUAUGGGCAGAGCUUGUUGUAGAGCGACGAAAAGAGAUUGCCUAUCGACUUGAGCAGGGAGAGGCAUUGCAUUUUGGUCUCGCAUCAGCUGCGGUGCAACAAGAGAUCACGAGAGAUCAGCUUGCAUCUUGGGAUGCCAGCGCUCAGGCCUGGAUCCAGACUGGAAAAUCUGUUAUGAGCAAGAAUGACGCCCAGCUGAGACUCAUUCUAAAGAACGUAUAUUUUGCCAUCAAUCCCAGCGAAGCUCCAUUUGUCAGUGUCAUUGACGCCUGGAAACUAGCAGUUGAAAUUACAGAAAAGUUGAUAACUGGAAUACCUCAAGAGGCGCAAAAUGGAGCCGCCAUUCUUGGUCUCUCGGCUUGGCAUAUCUAUCCCGAUAUCCAUGUCUAUGGCAACAAAAAUAUCAAAGUAGCCAUGAAUGAUGAGCUAGUUGGGGCUGGUGGUAUACUCUCGCUUGCAUCAUGCCCUUCACAACGAACCGAGUCACGAGGAGUUUAUUGGUCUCUUUGUCUGAGCCAUCUCGCCUUCUAUGGUCCUCCGGUGAAACGGCAUCAGUCUUUAGAGAAUGAUGCUCGUCGAAUCCCAUUUGCCAAUCUACUUCACGCCACUGUAGGGACUAUAUUGAGCCGGUGGAGAAUUCAUCCCAGCGAUCUGGUCGAUGGGAUCAACAUAUUAGCAGCCAUUCUCGACAACAUUGCCGCCGGAAACCGCAGUCUCCAUUCAACGAUGGCUCUGAUCAGUAACGCUGCUAAAGAGUGUCUGAAUGACAAAGAGGCAUGGAAUUAUAUGUCAUAUGGGAAACGACGAUCUGGAUUCAUCAAGGACCCAGAUUUGCGCACAAUAGGUGCCAUCAAGCCAUUCUUUGGACUGUCUGAUCUUUCUAUUCUUCUUUCUUGUAUUCCCCAGUUGGAUGACCGGGUCUCGGUACUGAAUCGACUGGCUAACAGAACGGACUUAUCAAAUGAGGAGGUGAUCAUAUUUGACAUAGAGUCUUCCACCGAUCACGAAGUUGAUCCAGAGAAAGCGCAGUCUACCAGCACAAUACCGAAGCGCCGUAAGAAAAUGGUCGAACAAACGGAAUACAAGGUUAUGAGCACGCAGCUCUUCCGAGGGAAGGGAAGGAAUGUUUCAGUGUUCGAUUUCUGGAUAGGGGACUCCUCUUCCACCGCGAUCUACAAGAAGCAGACUCUGAGUUCACGACUGCAGAUCGACUCUCCCGUCAUAACCGUGGAUGAUCUGAGAUGGUGUUUUAACAACUCAUUGAUCUGUCCCGAUAAAUUCGUGAGAUAUCUCCAUCGCCGAGACGUAAUACUCAACACUAUUGCCUCUUUAUCUUUCGCUUCGGAGGUCCUCAAUCCUCUCCCACGUUUGUUUAUACGGACCCAAUGUCUUGAAAAACCCCUUCUGGAUUCACACUGGGCAAAAGCGGGUGACUAUAUUGAAGCUCGAUACGACUCGUCUUUAAAUUCUAGACUCAAGGACUGCUUUCCCAGGCGAAGCAAGGACCUUCCGCGUUACAUACAGUUUCAGGUCUUGGCGCAUAUGGUCUGUGGAUAUGAUAUUCACCACAGUCUCAUUUCCCCUCAUAUCAUGGGUCUAUCUUUUGAAGAUUCAAUCUUUAUCCCUGCCUCGCUCGUACAUGACCCGGGAGAGAAAGUCCCAUAUUUGACAAGAAUUCUAGGUAAUAUUGGUCGUCCGGGUCUAAUAAUGUUAACUGCCCCUGCGAACCCCAUGCUUGCCUCUUUGGACGAACGCGCAUUCAGAAUCUCGAAUCUCCAUAGCUUCAACGGGAAGCCAGAAGAUAUGCUCAGUACCACCUCAUUACACCUGUCGUUCACUGAUUGGAGCCGGCCUUUAGCUUCAGGUGGGGCCUCAGGUAAUCGAGACGUUGAAGGCUCGCUGAUGGAAGCUGUCGUCAGUAUCAAAGACUCAGGCCAGUGGGUAGGAGACGUCGAUAUCAUGAAGGCACUGGAAAGUGACAUGAUUCACCUUGCACAGCCAGAUAACAAAUGCUCUCAUGCACCUGGCUCUGUGCCGCGUUUCAUGCAUUCGAUCGAGUGUUGGGAUGAAUUGCGAGAUUGUCCUGAAGAACGGUCAGUCAUUCGAGCCAGUGGCAACUGGGUAGCUCGCCUCGCAGCAGUGUCGUAUCUCGCCCAAAAGAUGGAUACAAAGGACAUGAGAUCCUCAAGGAUCUUCAUCUGCCCUGAUAACGUUUGCUGGGCCUGCCGAGAAGCAGAGAGUAACAUGGAUGAUAUUUUUAUCCAUUAG